CCCUCGCACUCACCGCAUGCACAGGGGUUUUGAUUAGGAAGGAGCAGAAGUAGGGUUUUUCCGAUUCUCCAAUUCACCUCCUCGAAUUGAAAUUAGUAAUUAGAGAUUAGUGAUUAGAAGAAGCAGAAGCAGAAGAAGCAGAAGAAGAAGAGAUGGGUGCACAGAGAAAGGGCGGAACUAGGGCCACAGAGGACCCAGAGGAAUUAGCUCGACACCCAUUGCAAGCCAUCAUAUUGGCUGAUAGCUUCACCACCAAGUUCCGUCCUAUCACCCUCGAACGCCCCAAAGUGCUAUUGCCCUUGGUGAAUGUGCCCAUGAUUAACUAUACUCUGGCAUGGCUCGAAUCCGCCGGAGUUGAAGAAGUAUUCGUGUUCUGCUGCGCGCAUUCUCGACAAGUGAUCGAUUAUUUGGAGAAUUCUGAAUGGUUUUCGCAGCCCAACUUUACUGUCACAACAAUUGAGUCGCAUAAUUCUAUUAGUGCUGGAGAUGCUUUGCGGUUGAUUUAUGAACGCAACGUGAUACACGGUGAUUUUGUCCUUGUUAGUGGGGAUACGGUAAGCAACAUGUCGCUCACACGGGCAAUUCAAGAACACAAGGAGAGAAGGAAAAAAGACAGUAAUGCAGUAAUGACUAUGGUUAUUAAACAGUCAAAGCCAUCUCCAAUCACCCACCAGUCACGACUUGGUACUGAUGAAUUAUUUAUGGCGAUAGAUCCUCAAACAAAACAGCUUCUAUAUUAUGAGGAAAAAGCUGACCACUUAAAAGGGUUUAUAUCUCUUGAGAAUAUGUUGCUUGCUGAUAAUCCUUCUAUUUGUCUGCAUAAUGACAAACAGGAUUGCUAUAUUGAUAUCUGCUCUCCAGAAGUUCUGAGCCUUUUCACAGACAAUUUUGAUUAUCAACACCUGCGCCGUCAUUUUGUGAAGGGAUUGCUGGUUGACGAUAUUAUGGGUUACAAAAUAUUCACUUAUGAGAUUCACUCAAGUUAUGCGGCUAGGAUUGAUAACUACCGAAGCUAUGACACUAUCAGUAAGGACAUUAUUCAGAGAUGGACGUACCCUUUUGUGCCAGAUGUGACCUUUUUUGGAAAUUGUGCUACUAAGGUUGAGAGACAAGGGAUGUAUCGAGCAUCAGAAAUAGAGCAAUCACGUUCUGCACAAAUAGGUCCUUUUACCGUUGUUGGUAAAGGGACCAGAAUUGGGAACAACUCCAAGAUUUCAAAUUCUGUUAUUGGAAAAAACUGUACAAUUGGAUCAAAUGUUUCAAUAGUAGGUUCCUAUAUAUGGGAUGGUGUCACUAUAGAAGAUGGUUGUGAACUAAGGCAUGCAAUUAUAUGUGAUGGGGUGAUAAUAAAAUCAGGGGCAGUCUUGCAACCUGGUGUGGUGUUGUCUUUCAAGGUUGUAAUCGGACAACAAUUUGUUGUCCCUGCCUACUCAAAAGUGUCUCUACUCCAACAGCCAACCAUGCAAGAUAGUGAUGAAGAAUUGGAGUAUGCUGAUAGUAACAGUGGAACGUUAGAUUCAUCAAUUGCAGGUGCUAUGGGUAAGUUGAAUGGGGAUAUGACUGCUGAAUUAUCUGGGACACAACACUGGCCUGCGUCAGAGCUUGGGCCUGGUGGUGCUGGUUAUAUUUGGUCAAUCUCUGAAGGAGGUCAUGAGGAUGAAUGGAGGCAUUCAGUUGCACCUAUUCCUGCUGAGAAACUUGCAGAGGUCAUGCAAGGUAUAGAAGAUGAUAUGGAAUUGUUGAAUCUAGAUGGCACUGGUCUAACACCUUCUGGAGAGUUGAAACCUGACGAUAACAGUAAUGAUUCUGAAGAUGAUGAUGACUCUAGAGAAGACAGCUUUGAGAAAGAGGUUGAAGCAACCUUUUUGAGGGCUGUUCAUGAAAAUAUCAAUGUUGGUGACAUAGUCCUUGAAAUGAACUCCCUCCGGUUGUCAUACAACAUGACAUCUGCAGACUGUGGUGGAGCAAUAUUUUAUGCAAUGAUGAAGUUGGCAUUAGAAAUUCCACAUACUGCUGCUGGUGAAUUGUACAAAAACGUUUCAAGUACUGUAAGUACAUGGCAAAAGCUGCUAAAGUUCUAUGCAAAAGAAAUAGAUGAUCAGAUUGAAGUGAUAUUGAAAUUUGAAGAAAUGUGUUUAGAGUCUGCUAAGGAGUUCUCCACAUCCUUUUCCCAGAUUUUGCAUCUUUUGUAUGACAAAGACAUUUUAGAAGAGGAUGCGGUAUUAAGAUGGGCUGACGAGAAAAAGGACGCUGAAGAAUCAGACAAAGUUUUUGUCAAGCAAUCAGAAAAGUUCAUUCAGUGGUUGAAGGAGGCAUCUGAAGAAGACGACUAAGAUUGGAGAAAGAGACUCGUAUGAGUAAUAGAGAUUGUAAAGAAGCUGUUUCAGUUGGCUACUCUGCCAGAGAUGGAUGCUUUGAAUUGAGACUUUUAUGUUCAUCAUCUUUUGUGUGGGUUCGUGCUCUUCAGUUAAUGAAUAGUAGCUACACAUGUUACUUGGGAAAUAAACUACAGUCACCAAGUUCUUUCCAUUGAUCUGCUGUUGUUUUUUUCUUUUAACAUUUUUUUGGGCGACAUGCACAUGGUUCCGUUUGUGUUGAAGUUAUAGCUGUGGUUCGUUGCGAGAGUCUUGGCAAUUUUGAAGUCGGAGGAUGCACACCGAGGUCACUUUGUAUUACCUGAAAGGUUGUUUUUCUUUUCUUCUUCUUUGUUGAAACAUCGAUAUCUAGAGCCUUUGACAUUGAUAAGAUGCUAAACCCUCACUAGAAGUUAACUUGUAAUAUUUUUCUUUUAAUUUACGAUCUGGGUUAGCUUUCGUA